AAGGCUCCUGCGGGUGUUUACGGUUCCUGUUUGGCGACCCGUCGCCAGAAGCGAGGCCUCGUUUUGUGCCAUCUGAAUAUUGGGCUAAAUAUUUAAUUUCUCCGUUUUCCGAUAUCGGAAAGCGGUGAACGCCUUGUGGGGCGCUGUAGUUUCCACUACAGGGGAGGAUAACGCAGGUUUACGGGGUGAAGGCCCCGCUCUUUGAGCGACAGUCCUUUCUUAAUUACUCAAUCUUCUUUACUGAGACAUCUGGAUUGUGUCUCUGUUUUUCUUUUCUCGGAGUUUGUUGUCAAGAUGUCGCCGUAAUGGAGUAUCCGCCUCUGACAGAAAUGAACCAGGGCCUUGGUCGCCUGACCAGCAUUUGCAUCGACCCGUUUUCCUUGUGUUUCGCCCCGUUUAAUGCUAGAGAGCUCGGCAGCUCUCUCAGCGGAGCCCGGCCUCAGCGCUUCACCCAGCCAAAGCUAUUCAAACAUGGAGAAAAACCCGAACGCAGCCCGGUCCAGUUCAACAGGCCCAACUUCUGCAGAGUCUAAAACUAAAACAGAUACCAAGAAUAAUGGGGGCUCUAAGCGGUACAACCGUAAGCGUGAGCCCUCCUUCCCAAAGGCAGAAAGUUUUUCAGGCCCUCGCCGCACCCACCCACAGAAAGGCAAGAGUUUCGACAAGAGACCCCCCCAGAGAGGCGGUGGAGGUGGCAGACAGGGUGGGCUCAUGGGCGGUGGGAGAAGAGAAGAGGUAGCAGAAACACACCGGGCCGAGUUUAGCCCGGCUCAGUUUUCUGGACCCAAAAAGAUCAGUCUCAACCACCUGCUCAAUUUUACUUUUGAGCCACGUGGAGGCCAUUUCGGCUCUGUAGGCGAUGGUCAUUCCUGCUGGGGACGCCGCAACAAAUGGGGCCAUAAGCACAAGCCCUUCAACAAGGAGCUUUUUCUGCAGGCCAACUGCCAGUUUGUGGUGAUUGAUGACCAGGACUACCAAGCUCACUUCACUGACCCAGAUACUCUGGUCAGCUGGGACUCUGUCCAGCAAGUGCGUAUCUACAGCCAUGAGGUGCCGACGUGCCCGAUCUGUCUGUAUCCUCCUGUGGCAGCGCACAUCACCCGCUGUGGCCACAUUUACUGCUGGCCCUGCAUGCUGCACUACCUGUCUCUCAGUGAGAAGAGCUGGUCCAAGUGCCCGAUCUGCUAUGAGGCUGUACACAGUGCUGACCUCAAGAGUGUUGUUGCUAUGGAGACCCAUCAGUAUGUGCCUGGUGAUGUCAUCACUAUGCGACUGAUGCGUCGGGAGAAAGGUGUGCUGGUGGCUCUUCCAAGCUCCCAGUGGGUCAAAGUAGAGGAGCCUAUCCGUAUUGGAGAUGUGCGUCUAAGUGCUUACUCUAAGCUGUUGUUGGCAUCUCGGGAGCAAGUUCUGAGUUUGCUGACCGAGGAAAGAGGAGCGCUACAGAUGCAGCUUAGCCAGGAGAAGGAUGACCCGCAGGCCUGCUUCAUACAGAGUGCCCUGCUGCAGUUGCAGGAGCGAGAAGAUGCACUGCUGCAGCGGAACAGUCAGAAUGGAGGCAAUGUUGAGGGUGCAGACAUGAGUAAACUUUCCCUAACCGACUGUGUUGCUCCUGAGGUGGCUGUUAACACCUACGCCAGCUCCAAGCCCAUUCUGCAGUAUGCGUCUGCUUUUGACGAUGAGGUUCAGGAUGUCCCUGAGGACCUGCCUGAGGACCUGCCUGAGCCUGAGGAGGUGACUGAGCCAGACUCUGUGCUUGAAGAACCUGAAGAAAAUCCUGGUCAGAGUGUGGCUGCAUCCCUUCCAAAUUCACAGCAUGGCCCAUUCUACUACUUCUACCAAGCGGAAGAUGGGCAGCAGAUGUUCCUGCACCCUGUUAAUGUGCGCUGUCUGCUGAGGGAGUACGGCAGUCUGGAGAACAGCCCUCAGUCAAUCACUGCUUCUGUAGUGGAGAUUGAGGGGCAUACAGUCAACGAGGAUGUUCGUCGUCGGCACCGUUACCUGUCUCAUCUGCCCCUGACCUGUGAGUUCAGCAUCUGUGAGCUUAACCUGCAACCACCCAUCCUCUCCAAAGAGACACUGGACAGCUUUUCAGAUGAUAUAGAGAAAAGAAUGCGCCUGAGACAGAAGAAAGUAAGGGAUGAGAAGAGGAGGGAGAGAAGGAUUGAGAUGGAGGAGAACAGGAAGCAGGGGAAAUAUCCAGAGGUACACAUUGGACUGGAGAACCUUCAGCAGUUCCCUGCAUUUGGCUCUCCUCCUCAAGACAGCCCUCCAAUUCCACCACCUGAGCUUCUGUUUGGACCUCCAUCUCCUCUCAGCAGCAGCCCUACCUCUGAUGGAGUGAUGUUUCCCAGUCUGCAUGGGAACAGUCCCUGCCUCAGUGUGGGUAGUAUAGAGGAAGAUUCUCACUGCAUGUCCUUUGCCCAGAUGCUGAGAGAUGGAAAGGCUCGUGUGGAUGCUGGGCCCAAACAAGCCCCAAAGAAAGAUGUGUUCCUGGCUCCUCCGGUGGCUGACAGUGAUGGGGAGAGUGAUGGCUCUGACCGGGUGCCGGUGCCUAACUUUCAGAACUCCUUUAGUCAGGCAUUCGAGGCGGCACUGCUGCAGCUGGACCACAAGCCACCUGCCCCAGCUGACGCUCUAACCACCUCUGAGGAGAAAGGAGGGAAGAAAAAGAAGAAAAAGCAAAAGCUUCUGUUUAGCACCUCUAUGGUUCAUACAAAGUAAACAAGAUUACACUUUUUCUCCUCUCCAUACCUCACACUUCUCAUACUUUUCCUUUCAGCUUUCCUUAGUCAUUAUUUUGCCUUUUCUCCUCAUCCCUGUCCCUCUGUCCUUGAUUUGUUCUCUACUGUGUUAGUUUAGCCAUGAGUAGGCCCUGAAUGGAGGUUCAGUGACUAGCCAAAGUUGUGGUUGAGCUGAGUGAUCUAACAACUGCAGUGUGAUACAUGCUAUAGACCCAGUAUUACUAAUAUAGCUUAGUUGUCGCUGUGGGCUAUUUUAAGAGAUCACUCUGAUAUUUUUUGUAAAUUCACCACGCUGCUUAAUACACAUUUUUAAAUGUUAACUUGCAGCUUCACUUUUGUUGCAUUCAUUGAUUAUUGUAGCACUGCCCCAAGCUAACUUGAGUAGAUUUAACCUCCGAUUGUGGCCAUCAUUAUGCAACUGUUAAACAUGUCUACGGUGUUGAGGGCAAUACUGGAUGUGGGGUACAGAGGGGCAUAAAAUGAAGCAGUCAGCCAGCUGCACAAAUAUUGAUACCCUCUUUACCAAUAUAUCUAAACCCCUUUCCGAGCACCAGCACCAGUAUUCUGUUUCAGACCAGAUGCAAGACAAAUUUAAAAAGAGGCACAUAAAGUUAGUCUGCUUUCUCUAAUUUGCAACGUGAGCAUGUCUAUUAGACUGGAGCUUCUUUUCCCUUUGUUCCCCUUGUUUUCCUCCUCCUUUCUCCUUCCCUUCAAAAUAUGACUCACUGGUUUAUUAUGGCACUUUAUAUUCUCCACAUAUGCAUCAGCUAUAAUCAGCAGAAUGCAGUUUUAUAUUGCAGUAGAUGUGCAUAUGAUCUGACAUUCUGAGACACAUUUCACUUUCAGUCAUUGCCUACCCAGAGCUGGUAAACAGUGAUUGUGAUGAUUGAAUGCCUGGUUGCUCAAGCUGACCAGGUUUAGAUCCGGUACCCAUCCACAGUGUUGCUAAAGUUUGAAGCUUCAGGGAGGUGCAGCCUCCCAUAUUUUCUAUGAACCGAGUAAAGAAAUGGCAUGAAAAGAUCUGGUUAAAUGUUUAUGAAUUUUCUGGAUUGUUUAGAGGGUGGUUCUUUUUCUUUUCUUAUUUUUUCUUUUUCUUUUGGAUCUGCUUAGAGGGAACCUGUGUUAAACAUGCAUAUUGACUCAGAAUGAAUAAAGGAUUAUUAUGCACUGUC